UCCUUUCUUCUUAUCAUCUUCAAACACACACAAACACACAUCUCUCUCUCUAUAUAUAUAUAUUUCCAUUUAACAGAUCCAUUCAUUCAUUCAUCGUAUCAUCAUCAUCUAUUGAUAAUAGGCACAGAGAAGAGCUUAGAAAGAAAGUUUUAAGCCAACCAUUUUGAAGAAGAACAACAUUUCGAGGAAAUUUCUUGCAUGACAUAUUGACGUUUUAUCAAUGUCAGGGCUGUUUAAUAAUUCCUCUCUGAACAGAUCCUCUUCAAAUCUUCAAGAUAAUAUUGCUGGGCAGCCAUUCUCUACAUCCUUCACUGCUCAGUCUGGUGCACCUUCACCUGUCUUCCAACACAGUGGAUCUAUCCAAGGGCUUCAUAAUAUACAUGGCACUUUCAAUGUACCCAACAUGCAAGGGGCACUUGGAUCAAGAAAUUCGACGAUGGCUAAUGUCCCUUCAAGUGGGCUUCAACAACCAAGCGGAAACCUUUCAAGUGGGCGGUUUACAUCCAAUAUUCCCGCAGCUCUUUCUCAGAUCAGUUCACAUGGUCAUCCUGGGUUACCUAAUAGGGGUGGCAUGGGUGUUGUUGGAAACCCGGGGUUCAGUAGUAGUACAAAUGCAGUUGGUGGCUCCAUUCCUGGAAUUCUUCCCACGUCUGCAGGUAUUGGAAACCGCAAUGCUGGUUCAGGAGUUGGUGUGUCCCCUAUGUUAGGAAACUCUCUCCAGCGAAUACCAAGCUCAGCUGGAAGUAUUAUUGGUGGCGGUAAUGUUGGGAGAAGUAUGAAUACGGGUGGUGGAUUAUCCAUGCCAGGCCUCUCUUCUCGCUUAAGUUUGAAUACUAAUAGUGGGUCAGGAAAUCUAGGCAUGCAGGGAUCAAAUAGAUUAAUGGGUGGUAUGCUUCAACAAGCUUCUCCACAUGUGAUGUCUAUGUUAGGAAAUUCUUAUCAUUCAGGAGGUCAACUUUCACAAAAUCAUAUUAAUAGUCUUAACUCAAUGGGCAUGAUGAAUGACGUGAACAACAAUGAUGGUUCCCCAUUUGAUAUAAAUGACUUUCCUCAGCUCAGUAGCCGCCCUAGCUCUUCUAGUGGAGCCCAAGGACAAAUAGGUUCUUUACGUAAACAAGGCCUUGGUGUUAGUCCCAUUGUACAACAAAAUCAAGAGUUUAGCAUCCAGAAUGAAGAUUUUCCUGCUCUACCAGGAUUUAAAGGUGGCAAUGCUGAUUAUGGUAUGGAUAUGCAUCAGAAGGAACAACUCCAUGACAAUAACGGUUCAAUGAUGCAGUCUCCUCAUUUCUCUAUGGGAAGGUCUUCGGGAUUUAACAUUGGAGGAACAUUUUCAUCACACCGUCCACAACAGCAAAGCAAUCAGGAUAUACACCACUUGCAUGGUUCUGAUAUGUUCCAAGGCUCAAAUUCGCUGUAUCACUCACAGGCCAGUGGACUCCCAGGUGUAGGAUUGAGACCUUCAAAUUCCCAAAAUGCAAUUUCCGGAAUUGGUUCUUAUGAUCAAUUUAUCCAGCAGUAUCCACCACAACAAAAUCAAUCUCAAUUUCGGUUGCAACAGAUAUCUGGUGCCGGUCAGUCAUAUAGAGAUCAGGGCAUGAAGUCACCACAGGCUGCUCCAGAUCGUUUUGGUUUGCUUGGUUUAUUGAGUGUAAUCAGAAUGAGUGACCCUGAUUUGACAUCUAUUGCUCUUGGGAUCGAUUUGACAACUCUUGGACUGAACUUGAAUUCAGCAGAAAAUCUUCACAGGACAUUUGGUUCUCCAUGGUCGGAUGAGCCGGUGAAAGGAGAUCCAGAUUUCACUGUGCCUCAAUGUUAUUAUGCUAAAGAAGCACCUGUUUUGAAUCAACGGUAUUUUUCCAAGUUUCAGUUAAAUACACUGUUCUACAUCUUCUACAGCAUGCCCAAAGAUGAAGCCCAAUUGUAUGCUGCAAAUGAACUGUAUAACAGAGGUUGGUACUAUCACCGAGAUCACCGUUUAUGGUUUAUGAGGGCUCCAAACAUGGAGCCUUUAGUGAAGACAAAUGCAUACGAGCGUGCCUCUUAUAUUUGUUUUGACCCUAACACAUGGGAAACAAUACGCAAGGAUAAUUUCUUGGUCUACUAUGAGCAGUUGGAAAAAAGACCAGAACUACCUCAACAUUGACGAAGUAUUUAAUUUUACAUGUAAAGUCCCUUGGUUGUUCAUUCUGUAUUAGUCAGGUUUCAUUUUCGAGUUUUAGGUUUGAUAUGUUAAAUAUCUGGUAAGAUUAGCCUCUUACAUAGUGAUACCAUCAGGAACAUUACUUUAGAGUCUUAUAGUAUUGAGCAAUGUUAUAUUUCCAGUUUACAUCAA